UGACCACCUCCAUCUGUAGAGGCUGACCGAGAUCAAUUCAGGCUCUGCCGCCCACUUUAACAUUGCACGGCCUCCUACUAACCGCCGCCAUCGACUCAAGCACUUGGUCCCACGAUUGAUACUGCUCGCUUAAGUGCGGCACUCACACUGUUGCCUCGUGCGACGCUCUUCCACCUUGCCUCUUGCUCCGCCACCUCCUCCAGCAGGGCGCGCGUUCGACACUCCCACGAUGACGCGGCAAGAGGCUGAGCAGACGAUCCAAGUGACGUCGGAAGACCCCAAAAAGAAGGACGCCAAGGAGAAGGAGCAAGAAAGUAAGGAUGGUGCAUCUAGUGGUGCAGGUGUAAAUGGGGAUGCGAAGGGCAAAGAUGCUAAAAAGGAAGAUGAGCUGAGCGAAGAGGAUUUGCAGCUCAAGAACGAGCUCGAGAUGCUCGUGGAGAGACUGAAGGAGAGUGAGAAGGAUUUGUAUAGACCUGCACUUGAAUCUCUGCGGACGCUCAUCAGAACGAGCACGUCAAGCAUGACAUCUGUGCCCAAACCGCUCAAGUUUCUUCGGCCCCACUAUCCUUCUUUGAAAACAAUCUACUCGAGUUGGACUUCAUCUGAAGACAAAGCUCUCUUUGCGGAAAUUCUUUCGGUGCUUGCCAUGACAUACAGCGACAACGGACACAGGGAGACGUUGAAAUUCAGAGUGGCUGCUCGCAGAGUUGGAGGUGCCGAAGACCCAGGUUUGUGGGGUCACGAGUACAUGCGGCACUUGGCGGCAGAAUUGGGAGAGGAGUACAAUGCCAGAGUGCUAGAGGAUGACGAAAGCAGACAAUCAGGAGACAACACGGAUCGGCCAUCGGCGGAUGAGCUGUUGGAUUUGGCACUGCUCAUCGUGCCUUUCAGUUUGAAACACAAUGCGGAACACGAUGCUGUGGACCUCUUGCUGGAGCUCGAGGCCAUCGACAAGCUACCGCAAUUUGUUGACAAGGAUACGUAUCAGCGCACCUGUCUAUACAUGGUUAGCUGCGUCAACCUGCUCGUGCCUCCCGACGAUCUCCUGUUUCUGCGAACGGCUCACGAAAUCUACCGAAAGCACGAUCGCUUUGCCGAAGCGAUGACCAUUGCGCUUCGGCUAGGCGAUCCGGCACUCAUCCGGUCUGACUUCGACGCAGCUGGUAAUCCCUUGAUGCGGAAACAGCUCGCGUAUAUGCUUGGCAGACAGCAGGUACCUAUCGAGUGGCUACAGGACGAGGACGCGCCGAUCGAGGAUUCUCAGAUCGUCGACGCCAUCAACAAUGCUUCCCUCUCGCACCACUUUACAAGCUUUGGCAAAGAGCUCAGCGUGGAUGAGCCCAAGAGUCUUGAAGAUAUAUACAAGUCGCACCUAGACAGCUCCAACACGACGCUGAGCUCCACUGUCGAUUCAGCGAGGGGCAACCUGGCCAGUACCUUUGUCAACGCGUUCGUCAAUGCUGGAUUCGGCAACGACAGGCUGAUGGUCGGAGCCGAGGAGGGCAAUUCCUGGAUCUACAAGAACAAAGACCACGGCAUGCUCAGUGCCGCGGCGAGCCUAGGAAUGAGCCUGCUGUGGGACACGGAAGUAGGUCUGGGUCACAUUGACAAGUACACGUACUCAGCGGACGAGAACAUCAAAGCGGGCGCGCUCAUGGCGUACGGCAUCUUGCACUCUGGCGUGCGGACGGAAAUGGAUGCGGCCCUAGCCCUGCUAACGGAGCAUGUAGACAGCAAGAGCGUUCCGCUGAAGAUCUCGGCUAUCGUCGGCAUCGGUAUUGCUUACGCCGGCUCAGCGCGAGAAGACAUCGUGCCUCUGUUGCUGCAGCACGUCGCGGACGAGACAGCACCGAUGGAAGUCGCUUCGCUCGCUGCCCUCAGUCUCGGAUUUAUCUUCGUCGGCACAUCUCAAGGAGAAAUAGUUCCCACCAUCCUGCAAACGAUGAUGGAGCGCGAGCCUUCUCAGCUCGAUGAUAAGUGGGCUCGCUUUAUGGGUCUUGCGCUUGCUCUGUUAUUCCUGGGCCAGCAAGAUGCUAGUGAUGCCACAAUUGAGACCCUCAAGGCGAUUGACCACCCUCUCAGCAAGCAGAGUCAAGUUCUAGUUGACAUGUGCAGCUUUGCCGGUACGGGCAAUGUGCUGAAGAUCCAGACCUUCCUGCACGACUGCUUGGAACACCUCGGCACGGACGACAAGAGUGAUGAUGAAGACGGCGGGAACGAAGAAGGUCCGGGUGCAUCUGGCGCGAACGGCGCUUCUUCAGAGCAAAAUAAAGACGACAAAGAGAAGGAGAAGCCGAACGACACUUUCCAAGGCUUUGCGGUCAUCGGUAUCGCCUUGGUCGCCAUGGGAGAAGACGUUGGAUCCGAGAUGGUCUUGAGGCACAUGGGCCACUUAAUGCACUACGGCGAGCCCGUGGUGCGGAGAGCGGUGCCCUUGGCCCUGGCUCUGUUGAACCCGUCAAAUCCAGAAGUCAGCUUGUUGGACACGCUAUCUAAAUACUCGCACGACAACGAUCUGGAUGUCGCCAUCAACUCCAUCUUGGCCAUGGGACUGGUCGGUGCGGGCACGAACAAUGCCCGUCUGGCCCAAAUGUUGAGACAAUUGGCCAACUAUUACCACAAAGAACCGGACUCUCUGUUCAUGGUGCGGGUAGCCCAAGGUUUGAUUCACAUGGGCAAGGGAACGAUCGGAUUGACGCCUUUCCACACCGAUCGACAAUUGAUGAGCCGGACUGCGGUGUGCGGUCUACUGGCCACACUCGUCUCCUUCACCGAAGCUAGAGGUUUUGUCCUGGACAAAUCUCACUGGAUGCUCUAUUGGCUCGUCUCGGCCAUGUAUCCACGCUUCUUGAUCACCCUGGACGAAGAGCUCAAGCCUCUGCCCGUGUCUGUGCGCGUUGGCAAAGCUGUGGAUGUCGUUGGUCAGGCUGGUAAACCGAGGGGCAUUGCUGGAUUUGCUACGCACACGACGCCCGUACGGAUGGGCGUGGGCGAGCGUGCAGAAUUGGCAGAUGCUCGGUGGUUGCAAGCAGGCAACGUCCUCGAAGGUAUCUCCCUUUUGUACCAGAAUCCUGGAUGGAGCGAAGACGACUGAACAGCCAACAGGGCGGAGACACGAGAGAAAGGGUAGAUGUCGUAGCACUAGGCUUGAGAGCAAUGCAAUCAUUUCGUCGUC